UCGUGCUUAUCGGACCGUCGCACUCGGUAGCUGACGACAAGCUAGCCGCCCCCUCGGUGACAUCGCCGGAACCUUCAGAAAGCUCCAAAUGAGUAAUGGCAGAGUAGCUGUUGGCAUCGAAGCUCCCUCCACAUGUAAAUCUCAGCAGCUUCACCGCAGGGUGCAUCGAGUCAGUUUCGCAUUCGGAUGACGACGGCGGCAAUGGGCGGCGGAACGACGGCGGGGCUGGUCGGCGCGGCGUUGGCCGUGGUGCUGCUCCCGUGGCUGUGGGCGGCGCUGGCGCACCUGGUGUGGCGGCCACGCGCCGUAGCGCGGGCGUUCGCGCGGCAGGGCGUCCGCGGGCCGCCGUACCGCUUCCUCGUCGGCAACAACGGCGAGGUGAAGGCGAUGCGCGCGGCGGCCGGCAGCGAGACGCUUGCCCGGGGCUCCCACGACAUCGUCCCGCGCGUGCUGCCACACUGCCGCGCGUGGGCGGCGCGCUACGGCCGGGUGUUCCUGUCGUGGGCCGGCGCGAGGCCGACGCUGUGCGUGGGCAGCUACGACAUGGCGAGGCGGGUGCUCGCGGACAAGGCGGGGCUGUUCGUGAAGCCCGACCCGGGCCCCAGCAUCCUGGCGCUGCUGGGCAUGGGCCUGGUGUUCGCCGAGGGCGAGGACUGGGCGCGCCACCGCCGCGUCGUGCACCCGGCGUUCGCCAUGGACAAGCUCAAGAUGAUGACGGGCGCCGUGGCGGCGUGCGCGGGGGAGGUGAUCCGGGCGUGGGAGGCGCGCGCCGCGGCGGCGGGCGGCGAGGCGACGGUGGAGGUCGGGCAGCAGUUCACGGAGCUCACCGCCGACGUGAUCUCGCACACGGCGUUCGGGAGCAGCUACCGGCGGGGGAAGGAGGUGUUCCUGGCGCAGCGGGAGCUGCAGCACAUCGCGCUCGCCGCCAUCACCAGCGCCCGCCGCGUCCCGGGCAUGGUGUACGCGCCGACCAAGGCCAACGUGCGCCGGUGGCAGCUGGAGCGCAAGGUGCGGGACACGCUCACGGCCAUCAUCGGCGAGCGCCUGGACGCCGCCGGGGAGGCCCGUGGAUACGGCACAGACCUGCUGGGCCUCAUGCUCGAGGCCAACGCCGGCGGCGGCGGCGGCAAGGCGGUGAUGAGCAUGGACGAGAUCAUCGACGAGUGCAAGACGUUCUUCUUCGCCGGGCACGACACGACGGCGCAACUCCUCACCUGGGCCAUGUUCCUCCUCGGCACGCACCCGGAGUGGCAGCCACGCCUCAGGGAGGAGGUGCUCCGGGAGUGCGGCGGCGCCGACACGCCCCUCCACGGCGACGCCCUCAACAAGCUCAAGCUCGUGACGAUGGUGCUGUACGAGACGCUCCGGCUGUACGGCGCGGUAAGCAUGAUCGGGCGGGUGGCGGCGGCGGACGCGGAGCUGUGCGGCGUGAGGGUGCCGCGGGGCACCGUCCUCGCCAUCCCGAUCGCGAUGCUGCACCGCGACGAGGAGGUGUGGGGCGCGGACGCCGGCGAGUUCAACCCGCUCCGGUUCCGCGACGGCGUGGGGCGGGCGGCGGCGCUCCCGGGCGCGCUGCUGGCCUUCUCGUCGGGCCCGCGGUCGUGCAUCGGCCAGGACUUCGCGAUGCUGGAGGCCAAGGCGACGCUGGCGCUCGUCCUCCGGCGGUUCGCGUUCGAGGUGGCGCCGGAGUACGUGCACGCGCCCACCGACUUCCUCACGCUGCAGCCGCUGCAGGGCCUCCCCGUCGUGCUCAAGCUCCUGGACCCGUAGAUGCAGAGCAGAGCCAUACUUGUUACACGUUGGCACGUCGGCUUGACACAGGCUUCAGAGAGGAUCAGAUACUGUAUCUCCUUGCCAGAGUUGCGAGCAAUCAAGUACUAGUAUAGUAGGAUGAAGAGAUUUGCUGAUGCAUUAGCUCCCAAAAAAUAAAUGCAACGAAAUGCAACACUGGGUGAUAAAUAAGUUUAGGUGAAACCAACAAAUCGGGAAGCUAUCGAGAAUAAGAUAUAUGUUUUGCCUGAAGCUGGAAAUGUCAUUUGUGAGAUUAAGCACACCUACU